GUGAGAGCUGUGAGUGUACCUGUGAACGUGUGUGCAUCGGUGUGUGUACUGGGAGCAAACGUGUGUGGGUGUGCCUGACACACGCCUGGGUUUGUGUGACAGGGCGUGUACCUGUACAGCUGACUGUCGGUGACAGGGAGGAAACGCACAAGGUGGCUGAAAGCCUGGGUGAGAGUCCUGGCUCCACCAUUCACCAAAUAACCUCGGUGCCUCGCUUUCCUCACCUGUAGGAUGGGGACAACUCGGGGUUGUUGUGAGGAUUAAAUGAGAUAAUAUGUAUGAAGCCCCUGGCCUAUCACUCAUUAGAUGCCAUGUGAGUAUCAGCGAUUCCUGUGAUUGGUGCGUGAGUGUGCGGGUACAAAUGUGGGCCCACAUGUCCUCAUAAGGGCUGUCCGGGCCUCCAGGACAUGGUGGCUUACUGGCCAGCCCACUGUCCUGUGUCCUACUCUGAUACCUUCUCCCCUGCAGGCCCAGGUGAGUGGCAGAGCAGAGGAGGAAUGGACUGUGGGCCACCCGCCACCCUGCAGCCCCACCUGGCUGGGCCGGCUGGUGCUGCCCGCCACCCAGUAGCUGUGUGCCAGCAGGAGAGCCUGUCCUUUGUGGAGCUGCCCACCCUGCAGCCCCCAAGCCCUGUGUGUCUGGAUCUCUUCCCUGUCACCCCAGAGGAGCUGCAGGCUCCGGGCAGCCGCUGGUCCCUGGGGACCCCUGCUCCUCUCCAAGGGCUGCUAUGGCCACCAUCCCCAGGAGUCCCAGACGCCGAGAUCUCUGCCAGUGCGGGGAUGCGGCCCAGCAGGGCAGGCAGCUGGCCACACUGCCCUAGUGCCCAGCCCCCAGCUCUGGAGGGAACCUGGAGUCCCCAGCACUCACAGCCGCAGCGCCGGGCCAGCCAUGGCUCGGAGAAGAAGUCAGCCUGGCGCAAGAUGCGGGUGUAUCAGAGUGAAGAGGCCCCUGGCAGCCCCGAGGCCCACGCUGUCUUCCUCGAGCCUGGCCAGGUGGCAGAGCAGUCCCUGAGCCCUGAGGAGCCUAGGCCGCUAGAGCUGUCUGGACCCACCCGGGGGGGCCUGGAGGGGCCUGAGCGGAGGCGUUUCUCAGCCUCUGAGCUGAUGACCCGGCUGCACUCUUCCCUGCGCCUUGGGCGGAAUUCUGCGGCCAGAGCACUGACCCAAGGGUCAGGCACCGGAGCAGCCCGGGAAGGGAGAGCAUCUGGAAGGGAGUCGCGCAGUGUGGAGACGAGGGUGGACGUUGUGGCGAUGGCAGCCCCUGUGGACCCAAGUGGGGGCCAUGGCAGCUGGCCUGAGUCCAGGCUGGAGUCGCAGGAAGAGCCGGCUCUGAGUUCCAGAAGCGCCAGUGAGCGACGACAGUCACGGUUUCUCCUUAACUGUACGUGGGAGGGCGUGAUGGAGGAAGGGGCUGGGAGUUUGGGAAAUCAGAGCUGAGACUUAGGGACCUGUGAGAGGGAGAGGGUUGAAUCUCCACAUCCAGCACAGGGGCUAGAAAUGGGUCCGGAACCGCCCCAGGCACCAGGUCAAGGGGCGGGGCUAGAGCAGGGGUCGGGAACUCGGGGUGCGCUCUGUCCCAGGAGGUGGUGUCCAGGGCUUGAGGUGGGGGGCGCGGGAGGAGAGGGCGUCCGGUGGGCUGGUCAGCAGUCCAGCCCGGCAUCCGCCCUCGCUCAGGCCAAGUUUGAACUGAUCACGUCGGAGGCCUCCUACAUCCACAGCCUGUCGGUGGCCGUGGGCCACUUCUUAGGCUCCGCGGAGCUGAGCGAGUGUCUGGGGGCGCAGGACAAACAGUGGCUGUUCUCCAAACUGCCCGAGGUCAAGGGCACCAGCGAGAGGUUCCUGCAGGACCUGGAGCAGCGCCUGGAGGCCGACGUCCUGCGCUUCGGCGUGUGCGACAUUGUGCUGAGCCACUGCCCGGCCUUCCGCCGCGUCUACCUGCCCUACGUCACCAACCAGGCCUACCAGGAGCGCACCUACCAGCGCCUGCUCCUGGAGAACCCCAAGUUCCCUGGCAUCCUGGCUCGCCUAGAGGAGUCUCCCGUGUGCCAGCGCCUGCCCCUUACAUCGUUCCUCAUCCUGCCCUUCCAGAGGAUCACCCGCCUCAAGAUGCUGGUGGAGAACAUCUUGAAGCGGACAGCCCAGGGCUCUGAGGAUGAAGACAUGGCCACAAAGGCCUUCAAUGCACUCAAGGAGCUGGUCCAGGAAUGCAACGCCAGCGUGCAGUCCAUGAAGAGAACAGAGGAGCUCAUCCACCUGAGCAAGAAGAUCCACUUUGAGGGCAAGAUCUUCCCUCUGAUCUCCCAGGCACGCUGGCUGGUGCGGCACGGGGAGCUGGUGGAGCUGGCACCGCUGCCCGCGGCACCCCCGGCCAAGCUGAAGCUGUCCAGCAAGGCCGUCUACCUGCACCUCUUCAACGACUGCCUGCUUCUCUCCCGGCGGAAGGAGCUCGGGAAGUUCGCCGUCUUCGUCCACGCCAAGAUGGCCGAGCUGCAGGUGAAGGACCUGAGCCUGAAGCCCCAGGGCAUCCCUGGCCACGUGUUCCUCCUCCAGCUCCUCCACGGGCAGCACGCCAAGCACCAGUUCUUGCUGAGGGCCCGGACGGAGAGUGAGAAGCAGCGGUGGAUCUCCGCCAUGUGCCCCUCCAGCCCCCAGGAGGACAGGAAGGUCAUCAGCGAGGGGGAAGACCGCCCCCAGGUUCAGUGUGUCCGGACAUACAAGGCGCUGCAGCCGGACGAGCUGACCUUGGAGAAGACGGACAUCCUGGCCGUGAGGACCCGGACCAGUGACGGCUGGCUGGAGGGGGUCCGCCUGGCAGAUGGCGAGAAGGGCUGGGUGCCCCAGGCCUACGUGGAGGAGAUCAGCAGCCUCAGCGCCCGCCUCCGGAACCUCCGGGAAAGCAAGCGGGUCACGAGCGUCACCAGCAAACUGGGGGAGCCCCCUGCGUGAGGGGCAUCUGUGGCCCGGGACACCACCUCCACGCUCGCUCUUGGACAGGUCCGGAGGGGCCCGCAGCGUGUCCGUGCCCUGAGCCACUGCCGCCGGGACCUCCCCCCCGUGGCUGGGCAUCGAGGGUACAGCUGUCCCAGGCUUCUCAGUGUCCACGCUUCAGGGCCGAGGGCAGUUUCCUCCUCUGGCAUGGGGGUCGCAACAGGUGACCUCUGGUACCUGGCAAGGACUGGGGCCUCCCACCUUCCAUGUCCUUGGCCCUGCCUGACUCUUGGUCCCUUUACCAGGCCCCUGGCGGGGAAAGGCUCUGGUACUAAUGGGCCCCACAGCCUAUAUGUACGUGGGGUCUUCUGGCCAGAGCCUGAGUGGGCCCUGGUUGUGACUUAUCUGUAAAUAAACUCCCGUCUUGCCUUUG